AUGGCCCAAGAGGUGAGCCUGGGCUCGCUGAAGGAGCUGGAGCGAGAGGCCGUCCUGCGGGUGCUGUAUCGGGACCAGGAGGUGCGGAGCGUGGACGAGGAAAGGAUACGGAAGCUGAAGACCCACCUGCAGCAGCUCCGGUGGAAAGGGGCCAAGAGCCCGGGCGAGGUGGACGGGGAGAAGCGCUGUGCCCGCUGCCAGAGAGCGCUGGGGGUGCUGCUGAACCGGGGCGCCGUGUGCCGGGGCUGCAGCCACCGAGUGUGCGCCGACUGCCGCGUGUUCCUCAGGAAGACCCGCGCCUGGAAGUGCACCGUGUGCUUCGAGGACAGGAAUGUCAAAAUAAAGAGUGGACAGUGGUUCUUUGAGGAACGUGCCAAGAAAUUUCCAACUGAAGGCAAACCAGAGACCGCGGGGGCAAAGCUCUUGCAGUCUUAUCGGACACUGAGCAAAAUUUCCGUGGUGCCCCCUACGCCGCCUCCCCAAAGCGAAAACCAGUGUGGCAGCCAAUCGGGGAGGUUACAGGACCUUGGCCAGUUUAAAGGAUUUAAUAAGUCGGUUGAAAAUUUGUUUCUGUCUGUUACCACCCACAUGAAAAAACUCUCCAAGUCCCAGAAUGACAUGACCGCCGACAAGCACCUGCUAGCCACGGGCCACAGGCCGCGAGGGGGUUCCACAGAGCGAAGGAGCCAGUCGGACACGGCCAUCAACGUCACCAGCCGGAAGGUCAGCUCACCAGAUAUUCUGGUAUCUCUCAAUCAAGAGGCUCCCAAAUGCUCUCCCGCCCCAGUUUUGAAGCAAGAGAACAGCACGUCCAGCCCUGUGGCCAGUCCUUUGUUCUCAGAAGGCUUGAGAAACGGGAGCUUGGUUAGCAUUAACAGCACGUGCACAGAGCUGGGCAGCUUUAACACUGAUGUCACCGGAGAGAUCGAGUUUGCCAUCCGCUACUCCUUCAAAACCCAUUCUUUAGAGAUAUGCAUCAAGGCCUGUAAGAACCUUGCGUACGGGGAUGAAAAGAAGAAAAAGUGCAACCCGUAUGUAAAGACCUACCUGCUGCCUGACAGGUCUUCCCAGGGGAAACGCAAGACCGGAGUCCAGAAGAACACGGUGGAUCCGACCUUCCAGGAGACCUUGAAGUACCAGGUGGACCCUGCCCAGCUGGCAGCACGACAGCUGCAGGUGGCCGUGUGGCACCUGGGCACACUCACCCGGAGGGUGUUUCUUGGAGAAGUGCUUGUGUCUCUGGCCACGUGGGACUUUGGUGACAGCACAACGCAGGACUUCCGAUGGUACCCGCUCCGGCCCAAGGCAGAGAAGUGUGAAGAUGGCGUUCCACACAGUAACGGGGAGCUUGCCAUCCGGGCCAAGCUGGUCCUCCCUUCAGAGCCCAGGAAGCCCCAGGAGGCUGGAGGAGGGGACCAGCCAUCACUCAAUGGUCAGCUCUGUCUGGUGGUGCUUGGAGCCAAGAACUUACCUGUGAGGUCUGAUGGGACCUUAAACUCAUUUGUUAAGGGCUGUCUCACUCUGCCCGAUCAACAAAAAUUAAGACUUAAGUCACCAGUCCUAAAGAAGGAAGGCUGCCCCCAAUGGAAGCACUCCUUCGUCUUCAACGGCGUCACCACCUCCCAGCUAAGGAAGUCCAGCUUGGAGCUGACCGUCUGGGACCAGGCCAUCUUUGGCAUGAAUGACCGCUUGCUGGGAGGAGCCAGGCUUGGUUCGAAGGAACAGCCAGCUGGUGGGACUGACUCGUCACCAUCGAAGCUCCAGUGGCAAAAAGUGCUUUCCAACCCCAAUCUGUGGACAGACAUGACGCUCAUCCUGCACUGA